AUGUCGCUCACCAAAGCGGCACUGUUGUGUGCUCUGUUUCUGAGCUCGAUAUAUGGUGUGACGCAGGUUCAAACAAUUCAACCGGUCAACUUGACUAGUGAAUCUCCUCAUCUGUUGCACGCGGCAAUAUCUUGGCAAAUUUUGGCUAACGUUCAAGGAAAUCCGAUACCAUUGUCCUGGGAAGAGUUGACGCGGGUUCGCAGAAGUGUGCCAAAAGCGGUGGAAAGAUACACCGAAAUCAUCAACAACGAGAAUUUGCACAAGGCGGUCUCUGAUCACUUGGUGGAUACGAUUACUUUUAACGAGUUGCGCAAUUCACUCGUGAUUCUGGAAACUGGCUACUGUCGCCGACCGAACCAUGGUCCACGCAUUGCGUGCGCUGUUUUGGAAAAAGUGGUUGAUCUGCCACAAAGGCCAGUAGUUUACGCUCGAAUGUCUCUCAUUACAAUGACAACAUUACGCGCCAGGGAAGUACUAGUUAGCGCACAUUUUCCCCGUUCGACUGACUUCCCAAUGUUCGAGAGGGAUUCCGACUUCACAAAUGAAGGCAGCGUCAAGCAGUCUGUUAGUAGUGGUCUCCAACAAAACCAUGUUCGCCGAAAUGUCACCUCAACAAUCUUAAAAUUACAGAAGCGUCAACCAGAUCAGCGAUACCCAUUGGUAUUCACAUUUGACUGUGCACCUUUCGACGAGAACGCAAUUUCUGAUGCCAGCGUACGACUUCCGGAAAAAUCGGUCUACUGUCCCAAUAUCCUUUGGCCAGGCAGUCAUGUGACUUUGGAAAUAUACACUGGUCCAGCUUUAGAAGUGCUUAAAAGGUAUGGUGGCCGCAGAAUGAGCACUCGUUCAGUAUCCCCGAUCGUGGAGGACUAUCAAACACUGAAAGGUUGUCCCAGUUUCUUGCAUCCAUACCGUGAUAUUCCAAAUUGCUGCCUAUUCCGUUAUACAUUGAACCAAGAACAAAUUCGCCAGAACCCAUAUCUGAACUUCAUCACAUUUCCGGAUUACCUACCGCUGAACAUGUGCCACGGUCGAUGUGUAGAUACUCUCGGUCCAAUGGACAACCACCACAGUUUCCUUCUCAAUGAAUUUUACCGUGGGCUGUCAGCAUCCGAAAAGCGCAUCAUCCAUGACUAUAUGCCAUGUUGUGCAGCGAAUGGAACCACUGAUUUCACUAUAUUCUACAAAACCGACGAUAACAAACUGCAGAAAGCAGUGUGGCCUCGAGCGAUCAAGACGAGUUGUGCCUGUGGCUGAGUGUCUGUCAGUUGCAAGACCCAAAUCUAUUUGUUACAUCGUGUUGCAUUUCGAGGGUAAAAUAAGCACUCCUAGUUGUUUCCAUAACAAAAGCACAGGUUUCAUUCCGUCGGUACUAAGAUCCACUAUCCUGGUACAUUUUUCAGAACAUCCUGUUUAUGUCGUCAUAACUUGACCGUACAAUGUGCAUAAAUAUGAGGUAAAUGUUAAA